CAGAAAUGAAUAAAGGAAUUGAUAAAAAGAGAACAUCUUCAUUUAACAAAUAAACAAUCAGUUACACAUAUGAGAGAUGUGACACAUAACAAAAGAAAUUUUAUUGUCCGAAGUCUAAAAAAGAUGUAAAGAAUAUGAUAAGCGAUAAUAAAUUGAAAUCUUCAUAUGAGAAUACAACUGUGAUGAUGGCAUAAAAUGUUUCAUUGAAAAAUGUAUUCAAUGAAUUGGCUCAUAAAUCUGCGAAGAACUAUAUAAAAAAACACAUGAAAAAAACACCUAGCACUUCUUUACAUACUCCUGCUGACUUUACCAUUAGAAAAACUGAAUAGUAAUCAUACUUAAUGAAGCAAUAGUAAUCAGUUAUACAUUAACAAUCCUAAUAAACUUCGUAUAGAUCUUUGUUGUAACACAAUAAGCGGAAUUAAUGGAUUGAUCUAAUUAAUCAAAAGAGUUCAAAUUAUAUACAAUCAGAUCAAAUAUCAAUAACUGAAUAUAAGUACAAAUAAGUUAAAUAUUAGAACAUAAUUGGAUAUCAUGACAACGAGUAAUUUAGAUUGGAAAUAUCCAUACACAUGUUAUAAAGAGUCUAGAUGCAAUGGAGAAGUGUUUCACAUAGAAAAUUUAGAAUUUGAUUGUUGGAAAGAACUUUUAAUGAAUCGACUAAAAUAACGCUAAGCUAAAUGA